CUAAAAAGUUAAUGGCAACAAUACCACUCCAUAUCUAAAGAAAGUGUGGUCAGAUCUUUGUAAAGCAUAUUUUACCGAGGCAAAAUGGUAUUACAAUGGAUAUAAGCCAAGUCUUGAAGAGUACGUUGAAAAUGCAUGGAUAUCCAUUGCCAUUCCUCUUAUGCUUACUCAUUCUUAUUUUGCAAUUCCAUAUUCAUCAUUCAAAAAAAAUGAAUUGGGUUACUUUAGAAGAAUAUUGUGACAUAAUUCGAUUUUCAGCAACAAUUACACGACUCAUUAAUGAUCUUAGAACACAUAAGCGGGAGAAUGAAUUUGGUGAUGUUCCAAAAUCGAUUGAAUGCUACAUGAAUGAAAAUGGAGCUUCUGAGACUAAUGCUCAAGAGCAUAUCAAAUCAGUGUUAAACACAACAUGGAAGAAGAUGAAUAAGCAGGAAGCUCAUAAUUCUUCUUUGCCUCCAACUUUUAUUGAAAAACCUUGCAAGAAUGUCAAUGUGCAUGUAACACGAUAGAGAUUGUCAUAUACCAUUCAAGAUCCUCAAAUCAAGUA